AUGCACCAGUGGGCCGAGGAUGUCUUACAGUCUCCCCCUCAGCCUGUCGUGCUCGAAGCAAGUCCGAGGAUGAGGGUGAAAAUAUCGCGCUCAUCUCUGGCAGUCACAACUCCGCUACCUCCGAUGAGGGUGAUGAUUCGCCGACUUCAUCCUGUCCCUCCCCGUCGUCGUCUUCUUCAAAUUGACCGUCUGAAGUCCUUCUGGAACACUGAUGAUGCUUUAUACUUUGACGACCCCGUUUCAGGAGGUAUUGGCAGCGCUCUUGACCCCAGUAACCCAGUCGUCGGCGCAGGCACUGGACCAGAGUAUUUGAACAUUGAUGCAGUCAACCCGAAUACGGGCGUAGGUCUCAACACCCCCACUCAUGCCGGCGCCUAUUUUAUGGACAUCGCUGGUCAGAGCCCCGAACAAGAGCAAGCACAUGCUGAUACUCUAUGGCCAAUCAUAACACCCAUUUCCGCCACGAUCAACAACCCAGCGACAACGCAGUGGCAGAUAGCUAAAGCUGGACCCCGACGUUGGACUCCAAAUACGGAUUCUUGCGCUUUGGAAACUGCACCAACACAAUGA